UUGCAAUAUUGCUUCCAAUCUCGACAAGACAGACGGUUGCGUGCAAUAAUCUAUCACAUUGUCCAAUGCCGAGCUCUCCCCUUUCCCACCUUGUUUGUUCUGUCGUGAGACCCCUUUAGGCUUAAGGGGGGGUUUUUUUUCCCUCUCUCAUCUCUUUAUUGUUUGGUACUUCGAGUCUGCCAACUCAAACAAAAAAAGGGCCGUCAUCCUCAGCAGGUCUUGCUCAAUUCAUUCAUUCGCUUAGUUGCAUGUGCUUGCUUGCUUGCUUGCUCUUGUCCGAUUUUAGUAUCUUUUUCGCGGUCUCCAUCGAAAUCCUGCCUCUUUGUCGUUUGCGCCUUGACUCCGGCUUGAUCGACCGUCAAAACACGAAUCGUUGAUGCGCAUCGCCCCUCCGUUUGGCUUCUGUCUGUCAAUCACCUAAACGCAUACGACAAAAAACGCCGCUGUGUUAUGCUCUGCCACAUCGUCACACGCUGCAAACAGAAGACAUAGCCACUAUGGUUUUGUUAGAUUGAUUGAAUUUCGAAACCAUCAUCUUUUCCUUCACUGCUUGCAGCGUCCCUGCAUCCUGCAUGGCCGAGAAUCCUUCUGCGACGACUUCUCCCGCUACACGUACCGUCCCUGUUCUGCCGCCGCCCGCCCAUAGUUUGACAUCCAUCUCGUCAUUUAUGCGCUGCUACUGCUGCUCCCCGCACACCCUAGCCUUAGCCGGCACCAGGCCCCAAGCUGCACACACUCCUUUCGACUUUCCGCUACCAUACCAGAAAUUGCAGCAACAAAUUACCUAGCAGAGAAGCAAGGAAAAGCCGUUCCAGGGUGGACAGCUUUAAAAAAAAAAAUUCAAACAAAAAACAACACCCAUUACAAAGUGGCUUUAACAGGCUACAAAACGUGCAUACCUAGCCAUCUCGCACAACCACGCCACUUCAAUUUGGUUUCGCCUUCCAAGUUGCCAGCCCGAAAUAAUCCACGGUACUGCGACGAGCUAGAAAAAAAACACUAAUCAUACCAGUCGACACCGAAACGACCGACUAAAUAGACCUACGGGAAAACAACAGCAUCGACGGCCGCGAACAUUCCAGUUCGUCUACUCGCACAGAAAUCAACAAACCCAGACACUACGUCACGCCCACACGCACGACCGAAAACAACAGACGAACCAGGCAGAGUGCAUCAAUUCUCGAAAACUCACGAAGGAAAACGCGGUUACGUCCAUCACGGCCGCUCCUCUCACCCAUCAUUUUAUGGUUUUGAGUCGCAGCGGUCACCAUGACAGCUCCACGACCAAACUUCAUUGACCUGCGAUCGCAGUCGCAGGUCUCCAUUCCCCGACCGCUCAAGUCCCCUCGAGUUCACGUCGCCGGCGAGGCGCCCCCAGAGCUAUCUCCACUCGAUGCAUUUGCGCUGCACAGUCGGAUGCUCGCAAAGCAACUAGAGCAAAGCGCAAAAGCAGACAAAAGAAUCAGCAGGUUACCACCGUUGACCACCGAGAGUCCGCUCGUCGUGCAGGCCAGGUCGGAGUAUUUCAGGUCCAUGUCCCAGGAUUCCAGUUCGGACUAUGGCGAUUCACCUGAACAUCCGCCCCUGCAGCCACCGGCUGGGUUCGGAAGCCAUGCGGAGAUAGAAGAGCACUUGAACCGGCCUAUGUCGAUGCACCCACGCAUGAGUCGCAUCCCGCCGACUCCUGAUGAACCGAUGCCUAUGCCCGGCAAUGCCAACCAAAUGCGCGGAAGAUUGCCGGAGACGGUCCAGGAGGAUGAAGGCUUCUUCGGGGCCAGGAGAGAACGUUCGCCAUCGCCAAUGGGCAGCGUCCGUAGUCGAAACAAGACACCAGAGCCGGUGUCUCCGCUCAGGGAAACCGAACACAGACAGUCGCCAUCUCAGGCCUCCUCGAUGCGCAGUUUUUCUUUCUCCCAAUCCCCAGAGAAGCUGAGGCAAACAGUUUCAAAUGACAUGCACGGCCUUGCGCCACCGCGUGCUCUGUUUCCUAAUAGGUCACCAAGUACAAUAUCAGCUUCGUCUGAGGUGGCAGACGAUGAUAGACUCAGCGCAUCGUCUGCUUUCUCGCCAAUGCACUCACAUGCGUUACGAAAAUUUUCAACCAGCAGCGGAGGCCUUGCUUCGCCAUCUGUCGGCUCAUUCCAUAGGUCACCCUCAAUCGCGUCGGAUAUGUCUGCACCUCUACCCAGGCCGUCGUUCAACUUCUCUAGGCCUCUCAGUAGAGCUGGGACACCCAGUUUCGAACCGCCAGUCCGCCAGCAGUCAUCCGACAGUCAUGGAUCGUUCGUCUUUGCUGACGACACUGCGCAUACUCCAGUAAGCCUUCACAGCGAAGGUUUCCCGGACUCUACCACUGAAGGCCCUGGAGCACCAUCAUAUAUCUACUCCAAAUAUUCACUUCCUAGGGGAAAGAUGCUGCAGAGGUCUACACCCUUUGAACCCCAGACGCAAGAAAGCAUGCUUGCUAUCGGACACGCACCUCCAUCACCACCGACGCGACCAUCAAGUUCCUCGAGUGGCAUGCCCCGGCAGUCAUUAGAACGAAGCAAACUUAGCGCCGAAGUCCUCCGGCCGACGAUGCAACCCUCUCCCAACUCCAGCCGACCAUCGACAGAUGGUGGCCGAUCGUCAGAGGACGGUCCUCGUGGCCGAACGCUCGCCGUUAAGCAGACCGCAGCCUCGAUAGCAACGAGUGACUCGGCUAGCACGGUCAAGCCUACAAGGUCCCUCCACUCACUGGCAUCGGCGGCCGACAUUCCUGCGGAGGAGCACGUGACCAAAGCUAUUGAGCUGCAUCAGGAAGGCAAACUCAACGAGUCGACGUACCACCUGAGGCAUGCAGCGCGCCAGGGGCAUCCGACGGGGAUGUUGCUGUUCGCACUGGCAUGUAGGCAUGGGUGGGGAAUGCGAGCCAAUCCCAAGGAAGGUGUCGAGUGGCUUCGCAAGGCCGCCGAGUGCGCCGGAUUGGAGGUGGCUGACGACGAGGGCCAGGUUCAAGAAGGGAAGAGGGUCGACUUCCUGGAGAACAAGACGAGAAAGGCACAGUUCGCCCUCAGCAUAUACGAACUGGGCGUCAGCCACAUGAAUGGCUGGGGAAUUGACCAGGAUAAGGCACUUGCUUUGAGGUGUUUCGAGAUUGCCGGCACAUGGGGAGAUGUCGACGCGCUCGCCGAAGCAGGAUUUUGCUAUGCACAGGGCAUUGGGUGCAAAAAGAACCUGAAGAAGAGCGCAAAGUUCUACCGCAUGGCCGAGGCAAAGGGGAUGAACAUGGUUGGCAACAGCUGGAUUCACAAGUCAAAGUACGAUGACGACGGCAGCACGGAAGCAACUUCGCCAAAAUCGACAAAAUCAGCAAAAUCAGACAUGAAGGCCCGGUCAAAGUCCAGGACACGCACGGGGCUUUUUGGCAAGAGGAAUAAAGCGCAGCCAGUGGAAUAAACAGCGACAGACGCCAACACCCUUCUGCCUCCUUCAUGUGGCUCAUGAUGAAGCCACAGAAAUAUGCACAUAGUAAUGAUGGAGAAACAGAACGGCGCCUAGAAGAAGGCUUCCGGCCAGCAAGGAAACAGUACAUAUUUUGAUUGCUGUUGUCGGAGCCCUCUUGUUACGAUAUGAUGACACAAGCAAAAAAUUCGAUUCUUUCAUACGCUAGCCAUAUUCAUAUUUUUAUUUGUCUUCAUACCCCCGGAUUGCAAGUCUCUUGUCUCUUGGUUUGUCUUGCGUUUCAUGACGUGCUGGCUGUACGGUUAUUUGUGAUUGAAGGAUCGUAAUUCGAACAUGGAUAUUUGGGAUGCAACAGGGGAAAAUGUAUAUGUUUCUGUAUUCCAAGCAGAAGAUGCGGUCAUGGAAACGGUACCAUCGGGGUUUCCCAUGAAAACCCUGUGAAAUAAAAUCACAAUGCGCGGAGAUAAGGCACAUUAAGUGAAUGGAUUUGCCUUUUGAUUCUUGUCUGGCUUCUAAUCUCUUUGGGACUCCGAACCUGUUUUGACGCCAUGCUUGAUACUUUGUUGUUCUUUGAGUCGUUUCAUAACGCCGCCAGAAGCAUACUUUGAAGAAAGCAACAAUCUAAUUACCUAGUAAACAAAAC